UCAUGGGAUAAAAAUGUUCACCUUGAUCAUGAAAAAUUAAACAACUGUGUUAAAAGGUAGAAUUUGUGUGACUGAUCAAGAGUAAUUGUCAACCUUAUUAACUUGACAUUUUAGCAAUUUUAUGAUUGAAACCAAGAAGUUAACAACAUAAGAACCUAUAAUCGGCAAUCCCAUAACCAAGAGAAUUUAGUUUAUUCGUAAAAAGUUUUGUGUUUCAAAUUAAAGGAAAUGAUUAGAAUGGAGAACGCUAAGAAAAUGGAAAUCUUACAGCGCUAGAGAAAUUAAAACUGUUAUAAGGAAGUUGGUAAUUUGUAUUAGAUUGAAAUUACAGGGAGGUUUGAGCAUCCUGACUCAGUGGAGGUUUUUUCGUGGAUACUUUAUGUUUCAUCAAUAGACAUAAUUGUUGCACAGAAGGAAAUGAUUCUCCGAUUUAAUUAACCUGUCAGAAACUCAUUAGGAGCUCAUUAAGGUGUAAUUGUCUGCAAAUGAAAGGGGCGCUAAUUAAUUUGGCAUUUUAUUAAUAUUUGAGAUAGAGAUUACAGAAGGCUAAGGAAAUUUAAAUAAGAAUGUGAGAAGGAAACUGAGCCAUGAUUGACGUAAAUUCUUGUGAGAUAGUUACAGUAUGUGAUAAGCUUUUUUCCGAUACUGUAAUGUGAUAUCUUGACACAGUACAUCGGGCGAACCCUCCAAAGUGUGGCAUUGUUUACAGAAUUAUAUUAUUGCAGAAAAUCAAAUGUUAGUGAAAUCUUGGAUUUUUUUAAGUGUUUGGGAGACAUUCAUAAUCAAUCAAUCAAUAACAAAUAUUAUAAUGAUAAAAUAAACAAAUAAAUGUCACAUGUUACAGGAAAGUUAAGCUUAAUGUGUUCUAGUCAAACUGUAUAAUGCAAUACACAGAUUUUUAUUGAAAAAAAGAAACAAGGAAAAAAAUUGUCUGAAAUGAUUUUGUGUGUGAUUUAUCACUCCAGCUGUUGGAUAAAUAUUUGAGGUACGAAGGACGUUGUGUGACACUGUCAAUAUUUACUUAUGAAUGAUCUGUAGUAAUUGUUAAAUCAAUCCUAACUGUUUAUAAACAAGGUGUUAAGUGGAAAGUAAUUCUUGUAAAGUACAUAUACUGUAAUAUUACACUUAACCUAAGUAAUACCUCAGUAUAUUUGUUUUGGAAUAAUUAAUACCGUUUCAGGGAUUAACAUUUUUCGUGACAUGUAUUAGUUCUGUGAUUCCAUCGGACUUAGACUGAUUGGAAUAUCUUGACAUUAAUUUAUUGCAUAAUUUUUUUUCCCAACCAUAUAGGUGUUUUAAAUGUUGAUCAUCGAUUUAAAUUUUUGUCAACAUUUUUGUUUUGACUAUAAACAUACUGACCCACAGAGUUUUACAUAGUGGACAAAAGAGAUCUGAUGAGGUGGAAUAAUUAAUAGAAUCUGUGGACAAGUCGAUUCAACGUUAGGAAGCAUCCAGCGGAUUUAAUUCAUCUCAUUGCUAGAGAAAAUAUUUAUAGGAAAUUUAUAUGUUACGAUUCAAACCUAUAAAAUCCUUGUGGUAUGAUAGAUUAGCCUUCUAAUAUGAUGUAGGAUUAAAUUGAAUGAGAUUUUCAUUUUGACGAUUUUGUAAUAGAAAACCAUGUUGACUGUCCCGACAAUACAAGAACCUAAGAGACGACAUUCCUGGAUAUGUUUUGAUGUAGAAAAUGGUACUGGCCCAGGUCGUCCUAACCUUGAAGGUUCAAGUCCGUCUUCCAGUCGUCUUGUUCUACAAAACCUUCCGCAGAGACGAGAAUCUUUUCUCUACAGAUCAGACAGCGACUAUGACUUGUCUCCUAAAUCAGUGUCCAGACACUCCUCCAUGCAAAGUGAGAUGUCACCACCGACACCAACAUCAAACUCCAAUAAAGUUCCCCAACAUGCAGAUGACCUUAUUGUGACCCCUUUUGCACAGAUCCUUGCCAGUUUACGAAGUGUACGCAACAACUAUAUAUCAUUAACCAAUGUACAAGCUCCAAGAGAAAGAUCAAGAGGUGCUUCUAACCCUUCAGGAUCUCACAUUCAUGGUCGAGGUUCAACGGGUCAAGAAAACAACAAAAUACCAGAUGAAAAAUACUCACAAAUGGCCCUGGAUACCUUAGAGGAACUAGAUUGGUGUUUGGAUCAAUUAGAAACCAUACAGACUCACAGAUCCGUCAGUGACAUGGCAUCAAGCAAGUUUAAAAGAAUGCUGAACAGAGAACUGAGUCAUUUUGCUGAAUCAAGUAAAUCUGGAAACCAAAUAGCAGAAUAUAUAUGUAAUACAUAUCUAGAUAAGCAGCAAGAACUUGAUUUACCAACAGUUAAAGUAGAUGAACCUCAAGUCAAAAGGAAAGAAGAAGAACCACAGAAAGACUCAAAGAAGAGUCCUAUGACCCAGAUAAUUGGUGUUCGCAAAAUGAAACAUGCGAACAGUUUUACUGGAAUUGUACCUAAAUAUGGCGUAGAACCAACUAAUGCUGACCUUUUGGCACAGACUUUAACUGAUAUUAAUAAAUGGGGUGCUGAUGUGUUUAAAAUUGCUGAAUACUCUGGGAAUCGACCUCUAACCUGUGUUACUUACAAAAUAUUUCAGGAACGAGACUUACUAAGUAUGUUUAAGAUUCCUGCUACCACACUGUUGAACUACCUGAUGCAUUUAGAAGAUCACUAUCACCGUGACAACCCAUAUCAUAAUUCUACACAUGCUGCUGAUGUCACACAAUCUACACAUGUGUUAUUGUCAUCACAGGCAUUAGAGAGUGUGUUCACUGAUCUUGAAGUUUUAGCGGCCAUUUUUGCAAGUGCUAUACAUGACGUUGAUCAUCCUGGUCUUACAAAUCAGUAUUUAGUUCACACAGGGUCAGAGCUAGCACUGAUGUAUAACGAUGAGUCUGUUUUAGAAAACCAUCACCUCGCUGUAGCAUUCAAACUUUUACAAGAAGACAAUUGUAACAUUUUCGUCAAUUUAAGUGAUAAACAACGUCAGACUUUAAGAAAAAUGGUAAUCGAUAUGGUGUUAGCUACGGACAUGUCAAAACACAUGAGUUUAUUAGCCGACUUGAAAACAAUGGUAGAAACAAAAAAAGUGGCAGGAUCGGGUGUGCUUAUGUUGGAUAAUUAUACAGAUAAAAUACAGGUGUUACAAAAUAUGGUCCAUUGUUCAGAUCUUAGUAACCCCACCAAACCAAUUGAGAUUUACAAGAAAUCAGUUGAUCGACUGAUGGAAGAAUUCUUCCAGCAAGGAGAUAAAGAAAGAGAACGUGGUAUGGAUAUUAGUCCGAUGUGUGACCGACAUAAUGCCACGAUAGAAAAGUCACAGGUUGGUUUUAUAGACUAUAUAGUGCACCCUUUGUGGGAGACAUGGGCAGAUUUAGUGUUUCCCGAUGCUCAAGAAAUAUUAGACACUUUAGAGGACAAUAGAGAUUGGUAUCAAAGCAUGAUUCCAGUCAGUCCGUCAGCAAGUUUCUCAACACGGAAACGUAACUCAGAUAAAGAAGAGGAAACAAAAUUUCAGUUUGAUAUGGACGAAGUUAAAGACAAUAAUUGUGAUAGUGCUCAGACUUUAAAAGUUUCUACGCCAAAGACGCAUUAGUUUUAUGUGAUAUUUUGUUUUAAGGGAGAGCACUCUGUGAUUAUUUAUUUUUUCUUGGGUUGUUAUUUGCGUUUAGGUGCUCAGGGAACUUGCAGUACCCAAUGAAAACUGAACGAAAAACUUAAUUUGCUGAUUUUGCAACGAAACAUGCAAGACUUAUUUAUUUGCCAUUGUAUUUGUUUUCCUUAUUUAUAAAAUGUGCUUUGAAGGUUCAAAGCUCUUCCUUUAAUUCCAUCAAUUUCACCAGACACUUUAUUCUCUUUGAGUACCUAUGUAGGUUGUCUUCCAGAAAAUUAUAUUUACUGCUCUGCUGAAAGUAUUUAUUUUUGAAAGUAAAAAUAAAAGUUAAAAUAAGAAUUAUUGCAAGAGUACUAAAGCUUUUUUCUUUCUUUUUUUUUUGUAUCAUUAUUUAUUUUUAUUUUAAAUUCUUCCAUUGAUGUUAAAAAGUUUAGAAUUUUUUUAUUAUAUUUUUUACUUUUCUUGUUGUGGCUUAACUCUAUGUAAAAAAGUUGAACAAGGAAUUUAUUUGAAAUUUUAAAAUAGAAUUGUCCCCAUUUAUAAACUUACUGAUGUGAUGGGGAGGUUAAAACCUGAAAAAGUGGAGUAAAUUGUUUAGCAAGGGAGAUAAAUUUAUCUUCAUCAAGUGAAGAUAACUCAUCUGUGAUCUCAUAUCAAAUUUUAUCUGUAAAUAAUGGAAUUGUAUUUAAUUUUUUGCAUUAUUUAUAAAUAUGUAAAUAUAAAACAGUUUAUUAUGUAAGCAUUACUCAUUGUUAGCUGCAUUUUUUGAAGAUAAACAUGACAUCUGACCAGUAAUAAUAUAUCUGUUGUCAGUGUAUUUAUAUUCUAGGAUUUACAUAGAAAAAUUAGCAUUUAAGGCACAUUUCCCCCGAAAAAUAAGAGAGCAGGAAGGUUCAGCUGUGUAUUAUUAAGUGAAAUCAAUAUUUUUCGUGUCUUUGAUAUCAAAAUAUUUUAUCUGGUGAUUGAUUGAAAUUUCCUCUUUAUUUCGGUAUUUUCUUAAGUCUAUUUGAGAUACUGCUUAUUUUAAAAGCAUACUCAGAAUAGUUUUGAAUCUGUUUUCAUCAAGGCUGUUUCAUCUAUCAUUUAUGCAAGAGACUUUUCAGAAUGACCUGUAGUUAUACUCAGAUACAUUUACAUGUAGUAAUUAGUUCCCCAACAGAAUAAUGAUAAUAAUCAGCCAUAGUUUGUCUGUCAAUCAUUUAUAAAUUUUAAUUUCAAUCAUAAAAAGUGAAUUUUUCAUUUGUUUACUCUAUUGUGUGAAGAUAGAUUUUGUUUGGCUCCAUGUUCGGAAAUAAGAACACAAAGACAUUUGAUGUUUACAGUUAUGCAUGUUGUUAAGCUUAAAGAAGAAUGACAUGUACAUUUUACACAUGUUAUAUGAACAGCUGAUACUUGUGGACCUGUAAUUUAGUUAUGCAAAUUACCUUCACCUUUCGACAGGUGUCUUUUUAAUGUAUUUUUCGGUGUAAAGUAAUAGUACAGGUACUAUUUGCUCUGUUAUUCUCAUAAAAACCUCAAAUGGGAAAGACAACAUAAUAUUAACCACAAUAAUUUCUAAGAUUGAGUAGACAAGAUAUUUUUACUGGUAAAUACUAUAGUGCAAUAUUUGAUCAUCCUCCAUCAUAUGUAAUAUAAUAUUCAUUGUUAUUGAUAAGCUACAGCAGUAAUUCCCGGGUAUGUACAGUUGUCCCAGGUUGUGAGGAAAUUCAUUUUCUUUGCAAUAGUUUCUCCACUGACAAUUCUGGUAUUCUGUACAGGAAGAUAUUUUAUAUGUAACAUACUUUGUUAUGGUUCUUCAUAGUUACCAAAAUGUUUUGUUUUUAGUCCAAAUCAAAUUCAGGAUUUUGUUUAGAUAUUUAUAUAUGGGGUAUAUACAUAGUAAUAUCAAACAGGUUUUAAUUUUGGAUGUCUGAAGUUACUUUUGAAAAAAGUGCGAGCAAAAAAAUCCUGUACAGUUUUCCAAAAUUUCAUGAAGAAUUUAACAAUAUGUUUUAUUUAGAUAUUUCUUGUUAGAGAUAACAAGUGGCAUUAUAUAAUGAUCUAUUUAGAUAUACUGGUAGAUUAGAUAAACAGAAGUGAUUGGUCAUGUUUUUUACCGAUGUUCAAUCAUUUCCAUACCAUUCCGGUCAUGUAUUAGAUAGAAUUGUAUAUGUACACAUUAUAGGUAGAGAUAAUGUAACUACAAUUUUAUAUCUAGAGGUAGAUAAAUUGUUUACAGGCUGGUUACAGUUUUCUGAAUCAGAAAAGUGUACAAACAUCUCUAUAGAAAUCCAAACAGCUCUGUGAUACUGAUUGAAACAUUCAGUAGAUGUUGUUGCUGAACUCAACAUUUAUACAUAAACAAUAAAAAAAUUUAAGACUGCA